GGUGAUUUUUGUCCUCUUUGACAAUGACAACUUUGACAACUAGAAAGUUAAAAAAAUAACGAACGAAAAACGGUCCAGGGUGAUUUCAGGAAGCAUAAAAAAGAAUAAAAAAAUUAAAACUGAAGACUUAAAUAUGUUCAAAUUAAACAUCAACGUUUCUGAUAUACUUUUAACUCCACUAGCUUGUUCAUCAUUAGUAAAUGAAAUUUUAAAAGGAAUCUUGUAUCAGAAGUGCCAAAUUCCUUAUCCCUAUGACUGGAUGAAAACUAUGGUCACUAGAAAACGACAAAAAAGUGAGAUCGACGUUAAGAAGUUUAAUAACAUUAAAGCUACAAACCACUUCCUUCUUGUAUCUAGUGUUCUUGAUAAACUUGAGACAUUUAUGCAAGCCAUCGAGCAUGAAUUUUCGCAGUGUAAAACCAAUAUUCAAGAAGUUUUUAUUGUUCUUGGAACUACUCCUCAUACUGCUAAUGAAAUAAUUUCUGUAAGUUUUACUUUGGUGGAUGGACACAAUGAGAAAAACCACAUUUCUCAAUUAAACAAGUAUCGACAAAAAAUAUUAAGAAAAUUAUUUCUUUCUCAAGACUGGGUGGACAAAAUUGAUGCUUCAGUGUCCUGCACAAACGUUUACCUAUAUAUUGUCAAGACUGGAGAUAAUUCAAAUAUAAAUUCUGACAACAAUAGUGUUUUUGUGCCUACAAUACCAUUGACUUUCUCUACAAAAACCAAAUACACAAAAAUAUCAUUGAAAUCAGAUACUACACUCGAUACAAACUGUUGUGAAAACCUAACUGUUUUUAAUGAUCUUAGUUGUAAUGUGAUUAGCAAAAAAUGUGAUAAUGAAGAGACUGAAGUGAAUGUUAUCUGGUAUAAAUAUAAAGACUUAAUAAAGGGUUUUAAAGAGUGUUUUGUUAAUAAAAAGUCUGUAAGUGAAUCAUGGUAACUUUUGGUUACCUAGUUACGACUGAUGUUAAGUUGCAAUCAUAGUUUGAAAAUUUGUGUAACAGAAACACAAUAUUCUAAGUCCAUUUGAGCAAAAGUUAUUUUAUCUUUAAUGACAUUAUAUAUUCUAAUUGGUUGUGCUGUAUUUCUUCGAUGGAAAAUAAAGUGGACUUAGGAUAACUGUGCUUCUGACAUGUUAUAAAUCUUUUUUAGAAUUGUUAACAAUUUCUCAAUCAAGUAAUAUAAGUAAUUUCUUUUUAUUUAAAAUAUUAUAUUCCUCGGAAUACAUUUCGAUGUA